AUGGUCGCCGUGCAGGCGCGGGGGAGGGCAGUAGCAGACACGGUUGGGGACCGGAACGACUCAGGGCAGAGUGGAGGAGAGGUUCAGAGUCCCGCGGCCAGACUAGGAGGGGAGAUGGGGGAGGGGGACAGUGGAGCUGCAGACGGGGGUUGGGUGAGCUCUGGGCAGACUCUGUUCGGGCCGGAGGAGAAUUACCGAAGACGGGCUCACGGAGCACCCCGAGUGCAGGCACUCGGGACCGCGCGCGAGGGUUCGGUGCGGGGCCGGCCGGGGUCUGGGGCCGAACACUCACCUGGGCGCCGUCAGCAGCAGGAGCGGGGGCCGGCGCUGGUGGAGGCGGCCGCGGGGCGCAAGUUUGCCAUCCCUAAGGCGGGGGCCGGGCCGGGCGCAGGGCAGCUCGCCGCAGCCGCGCCGAGGCCCGAGGCUCCCGCUCCGCCGAGCGGCGGGUGCAGAGCGAGCGCCGCGGAGCUGCACGGGGCGGGCGGGCGGGCGCCGGGCCGGGCGCGGGCUCCUGCCGCCGCCGCCUCCUCGCCGCGCCGCCCCCCGCUCCCCGCCCCGAGCACCACCCGCGCCGCGCCGCGCGCCGCCUCCUAUUCGCGGGCGGCGGCCGCAGCCCCAGCCUCUGAUCGCCGGUGCCGCAUCCUCCUCUCUGCCUCCCAGCGCCGCCGCUACCACCGAACCGGAUUCCUCCGGCCGCUCCGGCCGCUGCCCGCAGCGCGCGCCGGGCCGAGUGACGGCCGAGGCGGGACGCGGCGCCUGCGCGGGCCGGGCCCGGGAGGGGGCGCGCGCCGGGCCGGGCGCGAGGAGCCGCGGGAGAAGGGGCGGGGGGGGGGGCGGGGGCGACGCGCGCCGCCUCCUGUUAAAGGGGGAGCAGCGCCAGCCGAGCCAAGCGCGCCCUCCCCCUCCCCACCCUGGGCCCCAGGCGCCGGCGCGGGAGAAGCCCGGGGUAAGCCCCCACCCUGCCUGUGA